AUGUUGAAACGGACAUUACAACCAAUAUCUGUAUUGAGAAGAUGCUUAACCACAUCAAGAACAGUAUUUGCAUCAGAAACUGGAAGUAAGAGUUCUAAUCAAUCAUCAAACAAGAAAAUUGAUAAACACACUGAAUUUUUAAGUAAAUACUAUAACCCAGAGAUAUUACAAAGUAUUCAAGCAGCCGAAUCGCUCAUUACACCUGAACAAUAUUUGAAUUUACAAUUGAAAGGAGCUGACGCUAAGUCUAAAGUGGGACCAACAGAUGAAGAAUUUGAUUAUUCACUUAAUGAUCCCGAAUGGGAACAACCUAUAAUAUACCCUAACCAAGGGUUGGGAAGAGCUCCAUAUCCUGAAAUUCCUCAAGUAAGUUCUCCUGAUAGAAGUGCUUUGAAGAUAAGAUUUUCUGAUGCGCCAGUUGCUACUCAAAAAGAUGAACCUACCGGUAUAAAAACUCCACAGCAAAUUGCCCAAGAAUUAUCAGAUUUAACUGGGUUGGAUGAAAGAUACAUCAGAAGAUUAUAUGUGCGUCCAUUGAUUAUGAAGAGAGUUUCGUUAAAAACAGCAAAAGGUAAUAUUGCAAAUUUCUUUGUUUUAUCCGUGGCAGGUGACAAGAAUGGUAUGGUUGGUUUAGGUAUAGGGAAAUCAAGAGAUGGUAUUCGUACCGCUGCCACCAAAGCCCAUUGGAACGCUGUAAAGAAUUUGACUCCUGUUUACCGUUAUGAAGAUCGAACCAUUCUUGGAAGUUUUGAAUACAAAUAUCAUGCAACCAAAUUGAAGUUUUCCCCAGCACCAAUUGGUUUUGGAUUAAGAUGUAACAAGAAUGUUUUUGAAAUCUGUCAAGCAGCUGGUAUCAAAGAUUUGAAAGGUAAAAUUUACAAGUCGAGAAACCCAUUGACUGUAGCGUAUGGUUUCUUCAAGGCAUUGACACAACAACGAUCGCUCGAAGAAUUGGCUGCUAAUAGAGGUAAAAAGAUUGUCGAAUUGAGAAAAGUAUAUUACUCUCAAUAG